AUGCUUGUACCUUACCCGACGUUCGUACCUGACCAGACGCUCGUACCUGACCCGACGCUAAUAUCUGACCCGAUGCUCGUACCUGACCUGACGCUUGUAACUGACCCGACGCUUGUGCCUGACACGACGCUUGUACCUGACCCGACACUCGAACCUAACCCGAUGCUUGUACCUAACCCGACACUUGUACCUGACCCGACGCUCAUACUUGACCCGAAGCUCGUACCUAACCCGACACUCGUACCUGGUCCGACGCUCGUACCUGACUCGAGGCUCGUUCUUAACUUUACGCUUGUUCCUGACCCGAUGCUUGUACUUAUCCUGAAGCCCGUUCCUGACCCGACGCUCGUAUCUAACCUGACGCUCGUACCUAACCCAACGUUAGUAUCUGACCAGAUGCUUAUACAUGACCCGAUACUCGUUCCUGACCCGAUGCUCGUACCUAACCCGAUGCUCGUACCUAACCCGACGCUCGUAUCUGAGCCGACGCAUGCACCUGACCCGACGCUCGUACCUGACUCAACGCAUGUACCUGACAAGAUGCUUGUACCUGACCCAACACUUGCACCUGACCCGACGCUAGUACCUGAACUGAUGCUCAUAUCUAAACCGAAGGUUGCACCUGACCCGAUGAACGUACCUACCCGACAGUCGUACCUAACCCGACGCUCAUACCCGACCCGACGCUCGUACCUGACCCAACGGUUGUAUCUGACACGACGGAAGUACCUGACCCGACGCUUGUACCUGACCCAAUGCUCGUACUUGACCCGAUGCUCGUACCUGACCCAACACUAG